CCACGGGGCAUGCAGCCGGUCGGGGGCGGGGCUCCGAGGCCAGGACGCGGCGUCGGGUUCCCGGGCAGCCUCCGCCAGCUGGACUCUGCCGCGCUCCUCAUGCUGCUCGUGGACGCCGAUCGGCCGGAGCCCGUGCGCAGCGGGGCACGCGAGCUCGCGCUCUUCCUGACCCCCGAGCCCGGGGCCGAGGCGAAGGAGGUGGAGGAGACCGUCGAGGGCUUGCUCCUCAGGCUGGAAGAGUUUUGCAGCCUGGCUGACAUGAUCAGGAGCGAUACCUCACAGAUCUUGGAGGAAAACAUCCCCCUCCUUAAGGCCAAGGUGAUGGAAAUGCGUGGCAUCUACGCCAAAGUGGACCAGCUGGAGGCCUUUGUCAAGAUGGUCGGGCACCACGUCUCCUUCCUGGAAGCCCACGUGCUUCAGGCCGAGCGGGACCACGGGGCCCUCUCACAGGCCCUGCGGAAGUGGCUGGGCUCCUCGGGGCUCCCCGCCUUCGGGAACAAGCUGUGGACGCCGGUGGCCCCGACCUUCGAGCUGCCCGCGUUGUACAGAACCGAACACUAUUUUCCCGUGGACGCCGGGGAGGCGACGCGCCGAGCCCCCAGCUGCCAAAGGCGUCUGUGAGCCCUGCGGUCCUCCCGUCAGGGGCACCAGGAAGUGAAAUCUGUGUGCCGUGCAGAUUGGUUGUUUUGUUUUGUUUUGUUGUAUUGUCGUGGAUGCGUUUCCUGAAUUCUCCCCCUUGCUUCACGUGGGCCCGCAGGGUUUGGAGAAGCAUGUAGAACCCACAGGUGGGCAGUGCCUCAGAGAUGAGCUGGAGAAGGCCUUCUCCACCGGCGUUUGUCCUGCCUGGUGUUCUGGACGAGGUGGUCACCCCAGGGGAUGGGCUGUGGGGCCUUGGGUUUCCCUUUGCCUUGGAAGGGCUUUGCGCCGGCGUUGUGAGGGGCUUGCGCUGUGCCCCCAGGGUGCGUGGCUCCCGGUCCAUGCGUGUCGGCUGGUUUGUGUGAACCCCAGUGCCCACCGGCCCUGUGAACCGUCUCAAUAAAGGUGUCCAGGUCACCUGGGUGUAAAUGCUUCCUUCAUGGGUGCUCAAGCCUGA